UGCGCCUUGCUUACUAGUUUUCUGUGUGAAUUUCUCCUUUGUGCAAUUGCUCGAAAAUUUUGUGAAUUUUUAAUAUUUUAUUUUACUAAAAUAAUUGUAAAAUGCUUCUCCAAAUACUUAAAAAAUAAUGAGUGCUUAAAUGCUUAAUAUUGUGAAAAAAUACUAAGCUUAUUGUAACAAAUAAGCAAUACGUGAAAAAUCAAUGAAAAUUGUAUUACUUUUCAACUGUGAAAAAAAAGAAAAGAAAAAAUGUAAAAAGAUUUUUUGCUAAUGCAAUAAUAAAAAAAAACUUAAUAAAUUUACUUUUUAAUGCGCAGAUAAAAAGUUAAAGUAAAUGCCAGUUUAGUGUAAAAAAUGAAAACGAAGCAAUAGCAAAAAUAAUAAAAUUACAAUUAUUUUACCUCAAAGUGAUUUUUUAAUUGUAUUUUGCAUACUUGGCACAAUCAAUAAACUGCAAGUUGACCGUCAACGUUUUACAGGCAGUAGAAAGAAGAAAAAAAAGCUAUAGACGUCGGCAGAGACGUUACUGCUAUUAAGAAGAAGAAAACAAUAACAAAAAAACCUAACUGCACACUUUCCGUGACAGCGGAGAAGUGAACGUCUUAAUAAUAUAUUUUCUUUAUUUUUUGGCAAAAGUAGAAUUUUUUUUUAUCCUUUUGGAAACUUUUAAAAUACUUGUUACCUUGAACGAGUUGUUUACUAUAAUAAAUAUACUUAAAGAACGUUGAAAAAAACAGCUGUCAUUACGACUGAGGUAAAACUUACGGAAUACCUGUUAUAGUUUUCCAAUUUAGUUUAUUCUUUAGUUGUGAGCAAAAUGAAGAAAAUCUUUUCCAAGUUUGAUAAAAAUGAAAAACUCGAAUCACAUCAUCAUAAUGUUUCUUCGUCAAAGGAAACCAACAGCAGUUUUGUUGGUAAAGUAUUUACCGUUGGACGUGUCACGGUCACCAUAGAGGAUGUAUUGGCUGAAGGUGGAUUUGCAAUGGUUUUUCUGGCAAAAGCCAAUACAGGCAAUGCCAAAUACGCUCUCAAGCGUAUGUAUGUUAACAAUGAACAUGAUCUGAAUGUGGCUAAAAGAGAAAUACAAAUAGCGAGUAAUUUAAGUGGUCAUAAAAAUAUUAUUGGUUAUGUCGAUUCAAGUAUAACACCAACUGGUAAUGGUGUUUGUGAGGUUUUACUACUAAUGCCAUACUGUAAACAUCAUAUGCUGGCCAUGAUGAAUGCACGUCUACAAGUUGGUUUUACUGAACAAGAAGUCAUGACAAUAUUCUGUGAUAUUGCUGAAGCAGUUUCUCGGCUGCACUACUGUCAAACACCCAUUAUACAUCGUGAUUUAAAAGUGGAAAACAUUUUACAAAACGAUGCUGGCAAUUUUGUAUUAUGUGAUUUUGGUUCGGCUACAGCUAAAAUACUGAAUCCUCAACAGCAUGGCGUUACAGUGGUCGAGGAAGAAAUCCAAAAAUAUACCACACUCUCCUAUAGAGCACCCGAAAUGGUGGAUCUUUAUGGGGGUAAAAGUAUUACCACAAAAGCGGAUAUUUGGGCUUUAGGUUGUUUACUUUACAAAUUGUGUUUUUUCAAUUUACCCUUCGGCGAAAGUACUCUGGCAAUACAAAAUGGUACCUUUUCCAUACCUGACAAUUCUAAAUAUUCCAAAGGAAUGCAUCAACUUAUUAAAUUCAUGCUAGAACCCGAUGCAGAUAAGCGUCCAAAUAUAUGGCAAGUGUGUGAAGUGGCAUUUCGUUUAGCUGGCAAAGAAAAUCCUGUACAAAAUUUGCAUAAAUCGCCUCCAGUGAAUUUUGAUCAAUUAGCUGUACCUCCAUUUGAGUCAGAAGCCAAGCGUAUAUUAUCGGCAGCAGCAGCUGCUGCCAAAGCCGCCAAACCUCAGACAGUAGGCAUUGUUGAGUCUGGUACUAGUGUAGCCCCGCGUCAAAGACCAAAGGGUUCAUCAGCCGCAAUUCCUCAAAAAUCCUUGGGUUUAGGUUUACCUCCUAGUCCUUCACCCCGUAACAAUAUUACAUCGCCACAGCCACAACAACCCGUAGUCGAACAAUUCCAAGCUAUUUUUCCCGCUAUAACGCCCACAAUACCACCACCACCAGCACCCGCUCAAACCUCAACAAAUACAGUUCAGCCACAAACUCAAACCGAAGCAAGCACAGAGGUUCCCAGCACUACUGCUGCUGUUGCUGCAUUGAAACAAACAAAGAACACUGCUGCUCCGGAAAUCUUAAAUAGUCUAUUUGAGUCAUCUGUUUAUCCAGAUCCUUUUAGUGAAACUUCUCCCACACCCCAAUUGCAAACUGUCGAAACGGCUGGCACAACUGAAGAAGUGCUUAAAAGCACUACAACUGACAUAACUUCUUUAGAUUCUACGACCGCAACAACUGUAACCGCUACUACAACUAUUGCUGCGGUCGGCGUUGGUAGUAAUGGUAGUGGUGGAGACAAUGCAAUUGCUCAGUUGCUUUCGCCACCAAAAUCCACACACACUAGCAAUGCUUCCGGCCAUCGUCGUAAUGUUAGUGACACAUCUGCUUUCAACAAAACCUUUGCCAAUGAGACCUCACAAUUUCUAGCACCUUAUGAUCAAUCUGUUAAAAGCCGCAGUGGUAAUUCAUCUACUGGCAGUGGGGGUGGUGGUGAUACUGGUCUAACAAGCAAUAAUUAUGGUGGCUCUAAUCCCGGUUUAUUUGCACCACCUGCCACACAAUCUUCGGUGUCUAAUGCUGAACUGACAACAACACAAACAUCACAAAUGAGUCGUGCCGGUAUGGGUAUUGGUGUAGGUGAUACUAUAGCAGCACGUGUUGAUACUUGGAAUCCAUUUGAAGAGCAGCCUUUCGGUCAAAUGACUGAGGAUCAUAUAUUUGAGGCAGAAUUUGAUAAAAUACGUCAAAGAGGCAGUCAAGGAAGCAUAACUGCAAAAUCAGCAUCAACUACUUCGACACUAACGCCAACUGAAACAAAUUAUAUGGCUGCUACACCGGGUUCAGUCAAUUCCAAUACUUCACAAACGGCUUCAACAUCACUACCGCCACCUAACUCAGUAGCAGCAGCAGCUGUUAAUGCCGCCGCAAUAGCUCCAACAAUACCUGAGGAUCCCUUCGGUUCCGCACCAUUUAGUUUGCCCCCCGGCUUAAGGGAAAAAGCUGCAUCUUUACGCAAAACUGGAGCUAAAUACUUUAUGGGUAACAACAACAGCAGCAUUACAACAACUACAACAGCUACAAUAAAUCCCAAUAGUUUGAUAGGUGCUGCCUAUUGUGGUGGUGGUGGUACUACCUCAUCAACUUCCUCAAAAUGGCUUUUGUCACCCACACUAGAAGUAUCAAGCGAAGAAAAGACUUCGCUUAUAAAUAAUCUAAAAACCGAUUCCGAAGGUGGUUGUGUUGGCGAUGGCGGCAGUGGUUUACUACAAGAUCAAGAUGAUGCUUUAGUUAGUUUAAGUGGUGCCUCGGUGGCAUUAGCUUCGGGAGGAUUUGUUAAACUUCCACUGGAAGAUCGUAAUAAAUAUGAAAAAUUACGUAGUAAUGAUCAGCCGACAUCAGAUGAUUCAGAUUCAGAAUUUUUUCAAGAGGAUUACAGUGCGGGUAUAACUACCUCCAAAAAGGCCAUCUUUAAACAGAUUGUUACCAAUAAUAUACCAGAUACUAUACACAAAAUACAACAGGCAGCCUAUCACAAAGUGGACAAGACACAAAUCAAAGUACCGAUUGUUAAGAAACUAAGAGAAAAAACCACUACCAAAAGACCCUCUUCGGCGGCCCACCAAGUGGCGCAGCAAGUAAAUGCUGCAUUAGAAAAACACGAGAGGCAACAACAACAGGCUGCUGAAAUAGCAGCGGCUGUUGCUGCCGCCGAUGAAGCUAAUAAAGACAAUGAAGAUGCUGAUUCCAUAGGUUCGGCCUCUGAUCUACGAGCUGAAGAUGAUGAUUACUUUGAUGAGAAUCAAAUGAACAGUGUAUUAAGAAGCAAUGCAAAAUUAAAACGUCCCGAUAUGGACGGCAUAAGUGAGAGUGUAAAAACUUGCAACUCUUCGGCUUAUCAUGCAGAGUGUGAAUCGGUGACAACACACGAAGAUGACAUUAGUCGUGUGGUCGUUAAAGUGCGUAUGCGCAAAAAAGAUCGCAUUGCUGCUUUACAGGCGGCCUAUAAUGAGGGAAAUGCUGUUACAGCUUCAAACGUUGCUGGUAAACUAGCAUGUGAAGAAAAUGAGCUAAGUCCCACUUCUAGUGAAUUCAUAAAUAAAUUGGGUGAUAAACCUUUAUUACUUGAUGAUGAAUUGGCUUACAAUUCGGGGGAUUCUACUGAUUCUAAUAAUAAAACUUCUAGUUCUGAUGAGCCCAUACCACACAAUCCUCUGGAUGCAGACGAUAAUACUAAGAAACCCAUUAAAACUGAACCCGAGGAAGAAUUGGAUGUGUUUGCUAUGGCUCCAUUUAAAAUGCCUGAGGGACUGCCACUUAAAACUUCAUCUCGUAAGAAAUCUUUAGAGGCAGAUAGAGUUAAACCUACCAUAAAUCCAACUGCUGAAAUAUGGACAUCUACACCAGUUAAAAAUAUAAAAACAACAUUCUCAGACUUCCAUAUGACCACACCCACAGUCCCAGCAGUCGGAGCAGCUACACUAACGUCUUCACAGACUAUAGAAAAUUUACCACCACUUCAUACAGUAUUGGAUGAGUUCAAUGAACCCGUAUUUAAUCCAUUUGUUAAUCCUAUAAAACCUAAGCCGCAACAGCAAAAACAACAGCUACACCACCAGCAGCAAUUACAAACUAAUGAUAAAGUAACAAACAGCCAACACAUACAAAGUUCGUCUAAUUAUGGCAUGGUAACAGUUAUCUCCUCAAAUGUAUCAGAGAACUCUGCUCCCAAAAAUGCAACGGCAGUGUCCGCAACUACAACAGCAGCAACAGAACAGCGUGAUUUAUUUGAUUCUGAGCCGUUUCCUCAGGUAAUUAGUAAAUGUAUUAAUAAUAUUAAACCAGAUAUUGUCAGUUGUCAGAAAGGCUAUAAAAACCAUAAUAUUGUACAAGUUAAAACUACCGCUUCCACUUCAACGACCUAUACAACACCAACAAUACUACAUGAAUCUAGGCCCCAACUUGUUACUGUUAAUCACUCUAUUAUAAUUAAUAAAACACCCGAACCGACAUUUUCCACACCACCACAACAACAGAUUCCUAUAAAUAAGUUUGCUUCACACCAAAAAACAAAUGUGAAUGUUAAUGUUACUCCUUUGGCUACUUAUGUUAAUGUGCCGUCAUUACCAACAUCCUGUGCCUUGAGCGGUUCAGCUACUAAAAUACCUAAAACACAAAAUGUAAAUGUGAUUAUUCCUCCACCCAAUGCUUCUGCAAGGACUAAACAAAUUGUUGACUUAAACACUCCGAGCAAUUCCCAGGUUAUGCAAAUUUCUUUGAAUGCCCCCGGAAAAACAACUACCAACUUACCCGCAGCUAAUGUUACUGGUCAGGCACUACCUCCCCAUUUGUGUGCUUCCCCUGGUAGUGAACAGUCAAUGUUUCCUAUAGCUGAUAAUGCCUUUGUUCAAAUCUCUCAAGAACGUUGCUCGGACUUUACGCCAGACGAUGAAGAGGAGCCAGUUGUUUUGCAUGCUAAACAUAAUGCCGACAUGGAUUCAGCAAAGACAUCAGUCUCCUCCACCAGUCUUUCAAUAGCAAACACACCGGCAGUAGCAGCCCCAGCCACAAAACACAAAGAAAAAAAGAGCCAUCUAGGCGUUAGGACUCUGCCAGCGAAAUUGUCACAAAAAGUUAAAGGAAAUUCCUAUAAGAAAGUCUCCAGUGAUAAUCAUCACCAGCAAUUGUCUUCUACCAAUACCGGCCUUACAACAUCAGCUUUGGGUUCAUCAUCAUCUUCGCUAAGUAUGUGUCCACCCAAACAGAAACACCAACGUUCUAAAUACAAAUCUCACACUGAUGAAUUUGAUGACGAAGAAGAUUACGAAAACAUGUUAUCGUCAUCGAACACUGCAACAAACAAUUCUAAUACGACACAAACACAAAAACAUUCGAAAUCCUUUUCGGGUAAAUCAUUUGGCAAUUCUUCCUUUCAAUCGAAUUCUAUAAAAAAUUCCGUUAAAACAGGCUUUAGUAAUAUGUCCUUUGAAGAUUUUCCUUCGGAUCAGGAAAUGGAUGGAGGUGGACGUAUGUCUCAGGCUCCUCAAGCCUUACCCUUUGAAGUUGUUCGCAAUGAGAAGGCUCUUUUAGAAGCCGAAAAGAAAUUUGGCUCUUUGAAAAGACGCAAUAAUCUAUUCUCCUAGAAGAGAAUUAAACCAGUGACAAAACAGUCAUUGAAACAGGAAUUCAAACAAAUCCUUCAGAAAGUAUUAAAAUCAUCAUCGUCUUCGACGACGACGACGACGUCCCAUAAUAAAAAGAAAUAAUUUGUUGAAAAUUAUCCUAACUAAAAUCAGUCAAUUAUAUACAUAUAAAGGUGCUAAAAGCAUUAUUAGUCGAAACUAAUUCUAAAUUCUGAUAUGAACUCACUUCCUGAUAAUGUAAAGGCAAAUAUUUUGUCGAAUCAAAUUUUUAAAUUAAUUUGAAAAAGUUCAUUCGAUACUCUGCUACUUAAACAUAUUUUUUAAUAUUAAAUUUAAAAUUUUGUUGACCGAAACUUAGUUUCUAAGAAAUUUUAGGGAUUUUACUAAAAGUCAAAUUUUUUGUGAAAUUAUGAUUUUUUAUAUAAAGAUUACAGAUGCCAACAAGAUUAAAAAAAAACUAAACCCAGAGAUCAAUUUAUACUUAAGUAUUACAUAUACUAAAGGAUUGAUCAGCGCUGAAUACGAAUCAAGCCUCAGAAUUUAUCCAUCACAUUGAGAUAGACGUCGAGAUAUUAAGAAGCUAAACCCGCGCGUAAGAUCCUUUAUUUCUAUCCUUCUUUCUUCGAGAUAUCUAAAGAUUCGUAUUCAGCGCUGCUCAAUUCUUUAGAAAAAUGUUCAUUAACUCUUUUACGUAUAUGGGUCACCGGUGUCCCAAGAUUUUUUUUAAUUUUUCUCGAUUUUGAGUACACAGCUACAGAAAAUGAUUAUUUCCAAAGUAAAAUAAGUUAUUUCUUAGAAUUUAAUGGUACUUCAUGCUAAAAAGGAUAAUAUCCUGCGAUAUCCUUCAAAAGAAACUCUUCCCUUUUUCAUCAAAAAUGAUCAAUAUACAUCAAAAUACAGUGUGUGGUGAAGUCAUAUCCAUAUCCAGCGGUUUUUUUAUGGAUAUGUGUGCGUGAAAGGGUUAAGUUUAUAAUUUUUAUAAAAUAUUUUGAAAUUACAAAGCGGCCAUAUCCAUUCCACAUAGAGCAAAAUACACUUACUCCCGAUCGUUAAAAAAUAUAUCUAAAAGUUUUCGAUAUUUACUAUAAAUUAAUAAUUUUUUUUUAAUACAAAACUGGAUAUUUUCGAUAUAAACAAGUGUCAUUGUUUGACCACUACAAUUAUAAGGAGAAAAGUCAAGGAUAGUAGGGACAGCGGUUUACUCUUUACUAUUAAAAUUCAUGAAAAUUUGUUUGUAAAUAGUUUUAGAAAAUCGAUUUGCGCGCGGAAGAUGUUUGCACCAAAAUUAACUUAGAAAUAGAGUUUCGUUAUCAGGACACUACUGGUUACUGCUGAAAGUCGAUUUGCACCCACAACAUUUGAAAAAUCUAUUCACCCCUAUUCUGCAUUUCGAUUACGUUUACGUAUUCAGUUAGACCUGGUUCACACUUGGAAACUUUUGAUUUCGUGUGUGAAAGAAAAAGAUGGUUGACAUUUCUUUCUCUCACACACAAAAUUCAAAAGUUUCCCAGUGUGAACCAGAUCUUACCCAAUGAUCGAAAAAAGAUAUUUCUUUAAACAAAAAACUGAAUCGUAACAAAAAGAAAAAGCAAUUCUAUUUCGUUUCAAUGCUUUACGAUUGUGUGUAUUCUGCAUUUCGAUCGUAAUUACGUUUUUGUAAGUGGCGAUCUACACUAGGAAACUUUUUUUGGAAAACUUUUGUUUUUGCGUAAGAGAAAAAGGGAAAGAAUAUCAUUCAUCUCUCUCGCGAAACGGAGUUUCUCGUACUCGGAAACAUGUUUUGUUACAGCCGGUCCGCACUAGGAAACUUUUUUUGGAAAACUUUUAAUUUUGCUUGAGAGAGGCAAAACGGAGUUUCCCGUUCUCGGAAACUUGUUUUCUUAUCCUUCUCAUUCGAACAACAACAAAUCAAUACAAUUUACACGUAGUUUCUGAAACAAAAGUUUCUAUGUGUGGACAUUAAGGAAACUUCAAAAGAGAAUUAAGA